UCUUUGCGAGGACAACUUCCGCCCCGGCUGUUGGACGCUGGAGCUGUGAGCAGUUUUUUUUUUUUAAAUAGAGAGCUACCCCUCGGCUGAUUCAAAACAGGAUGGCAGAGGAGGCAGAUGCCGGUGUUUCUUCACGGGCGAAGUGUAAGGCUUUGCAAAGGGCCAAGAUACUGCAACAAGAAAGCGAGAGGAAGAUGGUUAGACUGGUUAGACGGAUCCUGAAGAAAGCCGAGGCUGAGCGGUCGGAGGAGGAGGCGGCUGUGUUAGUGCUGCACAGAGAAACUGUGGAGGAGCUUUGCAAGAGACAAGUCCGCAGAAAUGUGCUCAAGAGGAAGCAGGAGGAGGUGUUUGAUGAUACUGAAGAGCUGAAAAGUAAAGUCAGGCAGCUUGCUGCGGCAGUUAAACAAGCAAAACACCUGGUGGUUUACACUGGUGCUGGUAUCAGUACGGCAGCUUCUAUCCCAGACUACAGGGGCCCUAAUGGUGUGUGGACACAGCUACAGAAAGGACGGACAGUCAGUUCAUCUGACCUGAGUAAAGCUGAACCCACCCUCACACACAUGUGUAUUAGGAUACUGCAUAAGGAAAAGCUGGUAAAGCAUGUUGUCUCUCAAAACUGUGAUGGACUUCACUUACGUAGUGGUCUACCGAGACUUGCCCUGUCUGAGCUUCAUGGAAACAUGUUUAUUGAGGUGUGUACAUCCUGUUCGCCAGUCAGGGAGUACGUUCGUUUAUUUGAUGUGACGGAGCGGACGUCGCUGCACAGACACGGGACAGGCCGCAGGUGUAGCCACUGCGGCAGCGAACUCAGGGACACCAUAGUGCACUUUGGGGAACGAGGGACCCUGGAGCAACCUCUCAACUGGAAGGGAGCUGCAGAGGCUGCUAGUGUGGCAGAUGUUAUUCUCUGCUUGGGCUCCAGUCUGAAGGUGCUGAAGAAAUACGCUUGUUUGUGGUGCAUGAACAGACCGGCAAGCAAAAGGCCUAAACUUUACAUUGUCAACCUCCAGUGGACACCAAAAGACGACCUGGCUGUGCUGAAAAUACAUGGCAAGUGUGAUGAUGUAAUGAGUCUCCUAAUGGAGGAGCUGAACAUUCAGAUUCCUGCGUACGACAGGGCGAAGGAUCCCAUCUUUAGUCUAGCCACACCCCUGCAACCAGAUGAAAUGGACAGCCGUACUCGUGAGGUCAUCGCUCCCCCUAAUGGGUCGGAGGACUGCUUACCUGGCCCUGGGGAGCAGGCUGAAGAAUCCACAGCUGUGCAGGGUGGCUGGUUUGGACGAGGCUACGGCAAAGGAAGGAAGAAGAAAAAAGUUGCAUAAUUAGGGGAACUUAAUUGAUGUGGUGUGGAGAAGUAUGUCAAGCGACCAAUCCUACUGAGAGAUUCAGAUUUCAGUCCCAUGAUGAUGAGGAACUGAACUUUCAACUUAAGGGUGCUAUUCUAUAUUGGUAUCAUUUGGUCAGGUGUGUGUGAUGGGGGGGAAAACAGGUUUGAGUAUUUGCUAUUUGAAAAUGGCACUGCGUACCUUGAACUUAUUAUUAUUUCAUACAGCAUUCAGUUAGUAACAGUAAGCUACAAAAGUGGUUUGGUUAUUCUAACUUUUAUGGCAGCUAAGCUAGCUGUUUUAGUAGAGCUAUAUGUAUUAUCCUGGGAAGGCAAUUUAUUUUUUUCCCAGGAUGGCAACAAAAUGACUUACUGUGACUCUACAGUGUCUCUGAUUGGUUAGCUUUAGGCAUGAGGACUGAUGAUUGGUAAGGGUUAAAGGAAAGAUCAGAGACAGAAUAGGAUGGGUCACUGUUGUCAUCCUGGGAGGGGGCUUUCACCCAGCAUGGCUAGCAGAGCCAGCCCAAAGAUUGAAAUGAUAAAACCAUGGUAUUAUUUUGGUUAUUUGUAGCAUGUCACACCCUUUAAACUUUUGGGAAAAAAAAGAUUCCUCAUUGAUGCACAAAAUAUGCUGUCUGCUUUCAUCACAGUCACAAUGGAUACCAGUAGUGACAAGUUUUGAUGAAAAGAUGUCAAAAAGCCUAGAGCAGGUUUUGAGACCACUCCUGUAGCAUUAUCAGUUUCUCUGCUAUCCCUGUUUCUCUGUGUUCAGUAGAACACAGACACUCAUAUUUCCAAAUGCUUGUACAAGAGGGGGCCUUUCUGCGCAUUUGUCCUUUAACUGUGUAUUUUUACCAAGUUGGUGUUUGUGGCAUUACUGUAAUUAAUUUAAUGUUCAACAUACUGCUGAUUUGAACAUUAUCUAGAUGUCCAUGGAAAUACUGAAAGACCGGAGUCUGAAGUAUAAGUUACUGUACAUAUGCUCACUGGAAGUGUUCGUAAGCAACAAAAACAGCAGCAGCAGCAGCAGCAUACCCGUUGCCACCUUUUGACAUCUGUGCUGUGCCAGCUUUUACUGAGAAGAGAUUUAAAAAGUUUCAGGAGCACAAACAUUUUCUACAUGUAUUGCUUAGAGUUAAAACUUAUUUUUAUAGUCUUUUUCAGACAUGUAAAACUUGCAUUGUUGAAUGUACAUUUUUAACAUAUCUUAUUUGUGUUCAUGUUUAUUUUAAAAGUUUACUUGAAUUAUUUCCUUAACUCAUAGAGACCUUCACUCUGCUGUCACUUAUCCUCAGGUUUGCAGGCUGUGUAGUACAGCUACUGCUGUACCUUGGUUUACUGAAGUUGUUGAAUUGUGUUUACAUUUUUAUCUCAACUUUCAUGCAGACUAUGCAGAGACUCUGCUGCUGUCACUCUUUUGUUUGCAGCAGAGUAUGAAGGAAAGGUGAUUUUUUUUUUUUGAUUUUUACAUAAAUAGUUUGUUUUGUGUUACUUUAAGUUACUGUUUACUUAAAUGAUUGGAAACAACCAAAUAUGUGUAUCUAUUAAUUUGUCUCAGGAAGAUUGAGUAUUAUUAUUAAUAUUCUCAUUCUGAACCAUAUAGUGUCAAAACUAGACUAGCAGACUAGCCAUUAUAAGCUAAUGUUCAGCAUUCCUAAAAGUCUAACCAAUAGAACUGGAUGUGAAGACUCAUUGGUUUUCAUUGUCUUUUGCAAGAAAAGAAAAAGGUUUAAUGUUUGUGAGACAAUAAAGUGUUACCCAUUUAA